AUGGCCAAUAACGAGGCUCGUUAUAUCCAAGCGCAUAAUCCGUAUAUAACGAAUCACUCUGUAACAAUUCCAGCUCUAUACUUCAAUCUCUUAUUUUUCGUUGCAGAUUCGAGUUUGUACGCGCAUUACGUGUUCAAAGCCUUCGAUGUUAACUGCAACGGAGCAAUUAGUUUCAGGGAUUUAUUGGUAACUUUAUCGACGCUAUUAAGAGGUUCGGUGUACGAACGAUUAAGAUGGACAUUUAAGUUAUACGACGUGAACGGAGACGGCUGCAUCAGCCGCGGAGAACUCGCCGAAGUGGUGGGCGCCGUGCACGAGCUGAUGGGUAGGAGGGCGCACCAAGUGGAAGACGACAGGAAAGCCCGAGAGCAGAUAGACCGCGUCUUCAGGAAACUGGACCUCAACCAGGACGGCGUCAUCACCAUCGAAGAGUUCAUGGAAUCGUGCCUAAAAGACGACGUGAUCACGAGGUCGCUGCAGAUGUUCGACGCGGUAGUUUGAUGACCAAAUAGGAGACACGGAUGGCACUAAGAAAAGAAGUAGAUGAUGGAACAACAAAUCCAACAACAAUAAAAAUAAAACAGAAAAAAUAAUAAAAAAUAAUUGGUAGUUUCUCCUGUGAAUUCAUUAAAUGUUUUAGGAUUUAUAUAAUAUGUAUAUUGAAAAGAGAUUUAAGAUUUAUUCGAAUGAGAAGACAUUUGUAAUUGUAAUAAUAUCUGUGUGCGUUCGCUUUAUACCUCUUGUUUGAAAAUAUUCGAAAAGAACCGAAAGA